AAGAAACGCAAAUACUGCUGUGGUACUACAUCUGGAAUUCACAGACUCGUGCGCUUUUGAAUCUAUAGUGGGAUCAUAGCAAACGCACGCCAGUGUUUUCUUCCUGCGCGCUCUCUCUCUCUCUCUCUCUCUUUAUUGAAGGAUUUCUCUUUCUUUUACCUGCGGACCCCAAAAUGCUGGCCAUCCUGUUAUCAACGCUAGUCUUGCAUCUGACAGAUUUGAUUAUUCUCUUCGUUGCCACGUGUGCUAAUGCGUGGAGAGCAAAUGGAUCUAGAAGUUUUGACCUCUGGUAUCACUGCGAACUAACCAAUGGAAAUCAGUGCGAAGGGACAAAUGAUGCAGAUUGGCUGCAAGCGGUACAAGCGCUCAUGGUCCUAGCCACCAUCUUCUGCUUGACCUCCUUCAUCAUCUUCCUCUGCCAGCUCUUCACCCUUGUAAAGGGAGGACGCUUCUUCUUCACAGCUGUCUUCCAGAUCCUUGCCAGCCUGUUUGUGAUGAGCGGUGCCAUCAUCUACACAGUGAUGAGCGAGAAAAAAGAUGAUGAGACUUGGGGAUACGCCUUUGUUCUGGCCUGGCUGGCCUUCCCUCUUACGCUCAUCAGUGGCUUCAUUUACAUCGUCCUGAGGAAGAAAGAAUGAAAAUGUACCCUUCAGAGAUUUUUCUGGAACUGAACACUACUCAGCCUAUAGACUUUAUAGCUGUCUCCUCCAGGCCUGAGUAUUUAGACCUAAUGUGAUCAAAGAAAGUGACAAUUCAUGAAGAUUCAAUACAGCCAAGACAUUGUUUGCGUGACACAGAUCUGUGUCUUUGGUUGGUGAGCCUAUUUAUAUAUCAGUUUUCCAUAGCUUUUUUGUAAAUAGUAAUGCAAUGGCAUUUCAAUGAAGGCCCUGAUAUUUCAAAGAUUUUACUGGAGGAGGAGAGAUAUAAGAAAAGUAUAAAUCUUUUUUUUAUAUAGUGUGUUUUAACCCUUUUCAAAUAUAUUGUUUUUUUUUUAAUGUAAUAAAGUGUGUAUUCUUAAACACUGCAAAAAAUGACUUUCUUACUUAGUAUUUUUGUCUUGUUUUCAACAGAAAUAUCAAAAAAUACUUAAAUUAAGAUGUUUUUUCUUGAUGAGCAACACGACCUAAGUAAAUAAGUCUAGUUUUAAGACAAAUAAUAUACAAUUUAAGUGAAAUUGUCCUUAAAACAAGCAAAAUUAUCUGCCAACGUUGUGAGAAAAAAACUGUGAAAUAAGAUUUCUUUUUUCUUAAACACUUAAUUCAAGUAAAAUUUUCUCACCCCAUUGGCAGAUAUUUUUGCUUGUUUUAAGCAUAAAUUCACUUAAAUUGUAAAUUUUUUGUCUAAAAACUAAUAUUAUUUUCUUAGGUCAUUUUGCUCAUCAAGAAAAUGCAUCUUGAUUUAAGAAUUUUUAGAUAUUUCUACUGAAAACAAGACAAAAAUACUAAGUAAGAAAGUCAUUUUUUGCAGUGAAGGGAUCUUGUUGAUGUUGACUUGAAGUUGCUUUUAAUAGCCAUAUGAAGCAUAUCCAUUAAAGUUUGUGUUCGAAAUUUUCGGAAAUGGUGCUAUGUAUUUACCAUUGCUGAACUUUAUAGUUAGAUGUGCCUAUAGACUCGUUUUGUACAAAAUAUUUUACAAUGUGUAUUUUACAUGUGAUUAUAUCACUUUAUGAGACGUCUUUUUGUAUUUUUUUGUUUUAAGAAAAAAUAAAACAUCUAAUUUUU